GCUGCGCCGUCCCCCCUCGCCCGCCGCGUCGUGAGGCGCGCGCCCGCCCGCCGCCUGCCGCGGAUCGCGUGGUCUGCUCGGCUCGCCGCGCCUCUCCCCCGUCCGUCCAUAUUGCUGCAGCCCCCGAGCCGGGAAGCCCGGGCCGCCCCGGGGGCGGGGGGGAGGGAGGGACGGGACUAGAAGCCUGCCGGGCUCGGGGUGGGGGCGCCUUGCGAGGAACGGGCGGGGGGGGACGCACGCCAAGGAGGCCUGGACCGCAGAGUGGGGGGCCUUCCUCCCCCCCCGCCCCGCUAGUGGGCCUCGGAUUUACCGCGGCUGCAUCUAACUGGGAGGGGGCCGCACCUCGCGUGAACCCCGACCCUUCUCCGCAGGGACUGGGGCCCGGCGCCCCGGAGGAAGGCGUCGCGGGCGCCCUGCUAGCCAAGUUCGAGGCGGGGGAGGCAGCUUCGGGCGCGCCCGGCUUCUCCGGGGGGGCGGGCGCGCAGAUGGCCACUCAGGUGGAGCCGCUCCUGCCUGGGGGCGCCCCGCUCUUGCAGGCCGAAGAGCACGGGGGGCUGGUGAGGAAGAAGCCGCCGCCGGCGCCCGAGGGCAAGGGCGAGCCCGGGGCGAACGACGUCCGCGGGGGGGAGCCGGACAGCGGCGCUCGGAGACCCCGGCCGCCCUGCGCCAAGCCGCUCAAGGAGGGCACCGGGCAGCAGGAGCGCGAGAGCCCGCGGCCGCUGCAGCUGCCCGGCGCCGAAGGCCCGGCCGUCAGCGACGGGGAGGAGGGCGGCGGCGAGCCAGGCGCUGGCGGAGGAGCUGCCGGAGCCGCGGGCGCGGGGCGCCGGGACUUCGUGGAAGCCCCCCCGCCCAAGGUGAACCCGUGGACUAAGAACGCAUUGCAGCCGGUCCUGACCACCGUGAACGGACAGUCCCCCCCAGAACACUCUGCUCCAGCCAAAGUGGUGAGGGCAGCUGUUCCUAAACAGCGCAAAGGCAGCAAGGUUGGUGACUUUGGAGAUGCAAUCAACUGGCCCACACCUGGAGAGAUAGCCCACAAGAGUGUUCAGCCACAGUCCCACAAGCCUCAGCCUGCCCGUAAACUGCCACCCAAGAAGGACAUGAAGGAACAGGAGAAAGGAGAAGGGAGUGAUAGUAAGGAGAGUCCAAAAACCAAAUCGGAUGAAUCAGGGGAGGAAAAGAAUGGAGAUGAAGAUUGCCAGCGAGGCGGACAGAAGAAGAAAGGAAACAAACACAAGUGGGUUCCGUUACAAAUAGACAUGAAGCCUGAAGCACCCAGAGAGAAACUGGCUUCACGCCCCACUCGCCCGCCGGAACCUAGACACAUACCUGCCAAUCGUGGAGAUAUCAAAGGGUCUGAGUCUGCCACCUACGUGCCUGUGGCCCCCCCCACCCCAGCCUGGCAACCAGAGAUCAAACCGGAGCCUGCCUGGCACGACCAGGAUGAGACAUCGAGUGUGAAGAGUGAUGGGGCUGGUGGGGCGCGGGCUUCCUUCCGUGGCCGUGGACGGGGGCGUGGUCGCGGCCGGGGACGCGGCCGGGGUGGCACUCGAACCCAUUUUGACUACCAGUUUGGCUACCGAAAGUUUGAUGGUGUGGAGGGGCCUCGUACACCCAAGUACAUGAACAACAUCACCUACUACUUUGACAAUGUCAGCAGCACUGAGCUUUACAGUGUGGAUCAGGAACUGCUCAAAGACUACAUCAAGCGCCAGAUUGAAUACUACUUCAGCGUGGACAAUUUAGAGCGAGACUUCUUCCUGCGAAGGAAAAUGGAUGCUGAUGGUUUCCUACCCAUCACCCUUAUUGCUUCCUUCCACCGAGUGCAGGCCCUUACCACUGACAUUUCACUCAUCUUUGCGGCCCUAAAAGACAGCAAGGUGGUGGAGAUCGUUGAUGAGAAAGUUCGUAGGAGGGAAGAACCAGAAAAGUGGCCUCUUCCUGGUCCCCCAAUAGUGGAUUAUUCACAGACUGAUUUCUCCCAGCUUCUCAACUGCCCUGAAUUUGUCCCCCGUCAGCACUACCAAAAGGAGACAGAGUCAGCACCUGGCUCUCCUCGUGCAGUCACCCCAGUGCCGACCAAAACAGAGGAGGUCAGCAAUCUAAAGACACUACCCAAGGGCUUGUCUGCCAGCCUGCCUGACCUGGAUUCCGAGAACUGGAUUGAAGUGAAGAAGAGGCCUCGGCCGUCCCCAGCACGGCCCAAGAAGUCAGAGGAGCCCAGAUUUGCCCACCCGACCUCUCUGCCUCAGCAGCUGCCCUCCCAGCAACUGAUGUCCAAGGAUCAGGAUGAGCAAGAGGAACUGGAUUUUCUGUUUGACGAGGAGAUGGAGCAGAUGGAUGGGCGGAAGAACACCUUCACCGCCUGGUCUGAUGAGGAAUCUGACUAUGAGAUUGAUGACAGGGAUGUCAACAAGAUCCUCAUUGUCACCCAGACACCACAUUACAUGCGCCGGCACCCAGGGGGGGACCGCACAGGCAAUCACACCUCGCGUGCCAAGAUGAGCGCCGAGCUGGCCAAGGUCAUUAAUGAUGGCCUCUUCUACUAUGAGCAGGACCUGUGGGCUGAGAAGUUUGAACCUGAGUAUUCCCAGAUCAAGCAAGAAGUCGAGAACUUCAAAAAAGUCAAUAUGAUCAGCCGGGAGCAGUUUGACACACUGACCCCUGAGCCUCCUGUGGAUCCCAACCAGGAAGUUCCUCCUGGGCCACCUCGGUUCCAGCAAGUUCCCACGGAUGCCCUGGCCAACAAGUUGUUUGGUGCUCCUGAGCCCUCCACCAUCGCCCGCUCUCUACCAACCACUGUCCCAGAGUCACCAAACUACCGCAACACCAGGACCCCCCGUACUCCCCGGACACCACAGCUCAAAGACUCAAGCCAGACAUCACGGUUUUACCCAGUAGUGAAAGAAGGACGGACAUUGGAUGCCAAGAUGCCUCGAAAAAGAAAGACAAGACACAGUUCAAACCCACCCUUGGAGAGCCAUGUGGGUUGGGUGAUGGAUUCCCGUGAGCACAGGCCCCGUACUGCUUCCAUCAGCUCCAGCCCCUCAGAAGGGACACCUACAGUUGGCAGCUAUGGCUGUACCCCUCAGUCAUUGCCCAAGUUCCAACAUCCUUCCCAUGAACUGCUCAAGGAAAAUGGCUUCACACAACACGUCUACCAUAAGUAUCGUAGGCGCUGCCUUAAUGAGCGGAAACGCUUGGGCAUUGGCCAGUCUCAGGAGAUGAACACACUCUUCCGCUUCUGGUCCUUCUUCCUCCGAGAUCACUUCAACAAAAAGAUGUAUGAGGAGUUCAAGCAGCUGGCUCUGGAGGACGCCAAAGAAGGCUACAGAUAUGGUUUGGAGUGCCUUUUUCGAUACUACAGUUAUGGCCUGGAAAAGAAGUUCCGGCUGGACAUAUUCAAGGAUUUUCAGGAGGAAACGGUGAAGGACUAUGAAGCUGGCCAACUGUAUGGGCUGGAGAAGUUCUGGGCCUUCUUAAAAUAUUCCAAAGCCAAAAAUUUGGACAUUGACCCCAAACUGCAAGAAUACCUCGGCAAAUUCCGACGUCUUGAAGACUUCCGAGUAGAUCCCCCCAUGGGUGAGGAGGGCAACCACAAGCGACACUCAGUCGUAGCAGGAGGUGGCGGCAGUGAGGGCAGGAAGCGGUGCCCCUCCCAGUCUUCCAGCAGGUCUGCUGCCGUGAUCAGCCAACCCCCUACACCACCCACCGGCCAGCCCGCCCGGGAAGAUGCCAAAUGGACAAGCCAGCACUCGAACACACAGACUUUGGGAAAGUGAAAAGCUCCUUAGCCCUGGGGCUUGAGGGGGGAAAGGGGUAGGGUGGGUAAGAGUCCAUGGGGGUGCCCAGUCCCAGGAGAGGGGACAAUGAAGGGACAGGCCUUUGUGCUGAGUAGCAAUGUGUACACCAUUUGGGCUAUCAGAGGUACCCCUGGGCAGGAGCCUCUACAUCCCCUUCCCCUUCCUCUCUCCAUGACUCUUGACAUCCUAGCUUCUUCUAAGGGGGGAGGGAAAGGGGGGAAAUUUUUAUAUAUAUAUAUACAUAUAUAUAUAUCAAGUUUUAAAUUAUUGAUAGUUCAUCUGGAUUACCAAAAUCACUCUGCAGCCCUGCCCGCGGCUAGUAGGCUGCAACCCUGGUCCCCACUCCUAACCUCCUCUUGCUCCCCCUCAAGCCAACUAUGCAGCCCACAAGAAGGCCCUGCGGGCCCCCCAUAGCCCAGCACUGUCCCAUAGAAGGCUCUGGCGGCACCUCUGGGCCCCAGGAGCAUCAGCCUCUUGAUCAUCUGGGGUUUGUCAUCACCAUGUUUUCUCCCUGCUGUCCCCACCCUGCCCUUCUGCCAUCUUCUGGGAGAAGGAAACCAAAGGAUCUAAAACUGGGGUUUGGGGGAAGGUUUCAGCCUCUCCCCACUCCCCUUGCCCCACACCCUUUACUCCCCAGCCCAGAGAGACGCUGCUUUUACCAGGAAAGACUAUUGAAAGAUGAUUUAUUUUAUUUUUCUCUGACCUUUCCAUCCUCGAGAAAAUGGGGAAAAAAAAAAAAAAAAAUCAACCAUAAAAGACCAAAAAAAAAAAAAAAAAAUCAGAUAAACCCCCACCUAAUCCACAGAAAGUGAUGUCUUUCCCCUCCCCUUGGAAUUUUUGUUUUGUUUUUGGAAAUAAUAUUUUUUUAAAAGUUGCCUUAUUGUGGAGUGGGAAUCUGAAAUACCCAAAUGCCUGUUUUCCUCGGUGGAGUCAACCCGAAGAGCUCCCACCUUCUCUGGAUGUGCCUGGGCUUGGACUGGCUAGAUA